ACACAACAAACGAGGCCAAAACUCAAAAACCCUUCUCUCUCUCUCUCUCUCUCUCUCUCUAUAUCCUUCUCCUUCACCUUCACCUUCUCUCUCUCCCUACGAUCAGCUCUUCUUCCUCGAGGAGGCGGCGAUCAUGGCGGAUCAGCUCACGGACGACCAGAUCUCCGAGUUCAAGGAGGCCUUCAGCUUGUUCGACAAGGAUGGCGAUGGUUGCAUAACGACCAAGGAGCUGGGUACCGUGAUGCGAUCACUGGGCCAAAACCCAACGGAAGCGGAGCUGCAGGACAUGAUCAAUGAGGUGGAUGCUGACGGGAACGGCACGAUCGACUUCCCCGAGUUCCUCAACCUGAUGGCUCGUAAGAUGAAGGACACAGACUCCGAGGAGGAGCUCAAGGAGGCCUUCCGCGUCUUCGACAAGGACCAGAAUGGCUUCAUCUCUGCCGCCGAGCUUCGCCAUGUGAUGACCAACCUCGGCGAGAAGCUCACCGACGAGGAGGUUGACGAGAUGAUCCGUGAGGCUGACGUCGACGGCGACGGCCAGAUCAACUACGAGGAGUUCGUCAAGGUCAUGAUGGCCAAGUGAGGAAUUCCCCUCCUACUAUGAACUUUCUUUUGUUAUAAAUAAGUAGAACUAUGUGAUUUUCCAUCCUGUUGGUAUGUUGUAGGUAGGUGUUAUUUGAAUAGCCCUAGUCGUGGAUGCUUUACAAGACCUAAUUUUUCUUGGCUUGGUCGCUUGUGUUUUGUUCUGCAUUGUUUGUUUUCAUGUAAUUUCUUGGUCUGUUGCUUUUCAUUUUCUUGAGAACUCGGGCUUGAUUUUUUAUGUAUGUGACUCAUUUUGAUUCAUAUUCCUUUUAGAAGUAUUGCAAAAUUUCUGCAACA